UUGCGAAAUGAAGGUUCUAACGCUCCUUGUAUUGACGGCCCUUGUGGCGGUGGCCGUGGGCCGGCCGAACGGCGGUUGGUUCGGAAACUUUGGCGGAAACUGGAUCAGGCGAUUCGGUUGGGGCUCGGAUGACACGGAGGCGGUUAAGGCAGGCUCCGGCCACUGGAAUGCUGGUCACGGUAACAGCCAGGGUCAAUGGAAUGGCAAUGGUCAUGGUCAGGGUCAGUGGAACGGAGGAAAUAACCAUGGACACGGGCAGGGCAACGGUCAUGGAAACAACCAUGGCCAUGGACAUGGCCACGGACACGGCGGUCAUCGCCCGCCGCCGCCACCACCCCCACCAACGGAGGAGAACAUUGCUUCCACCACGGAAGUGACUAAUCCCGCCGAGGAAUCCACACUGGCCCCCGAAACUCCAGAGGACUCUACUACUCAGGCCCCGGAAGAAGUCACCACAGACUCAGAGGACGGCAGCGGAUCUUCAGAAGAUACCACACGGUCCCCCGAAGAUCCGGAAGAGUCCACCACACUAAACCCCGAAACAUCGGAGGCUCCAGAAGAAAACACCACGGAACCCGAAGAAGGUAGCGGUUCAGCUGAAGAGACCACUUUGGCCCCUGAAGAGCCCGAGGACUCCACGACUCAGGCUCCCGAAGAGCCCGAGGACUCCACGACUCAGGCUCCCGAAGAGCCCGAGGACUCCACGACUCAGGCUCCCGAAGAGCCCGAGGACUCCACAACCCAGGCUCCCGAAGAGCCUGAGGAUUCAACGACCCAGGCUCCCGAACAGUCAACCACCGAUGUUCCUGAAGAGACCACCAUCGACGCCAUUGUCUAGGAUCUUGGUCUUACUACAAAGCUAGGAUUCCUCAAGAGCUUCGGACUUGCGCUAUAAAAAUUGUUGAACAAAAUAAUUAAGAUAUUGCGACUCAGCGUUUUUGAGGAUGUUUUUCAACAAGUUUUAUAGCGCGGAACGGAUCAAAUAUUAAACUAUUGUAACUAAAUUAUUCUCGGUGCUUCGGCCAAAAAUCACAUGUUAGCUAUUUAUAGGACUAAUUUGGUACCUCAUUUAAGGAACGUUAAGUGAACUUGUCACGUACUCGUCAUUUAGUUUUAUAGUUUCCAUAAUCUAAGCAAUUAAAAGAGCCCAAAACUACUCAGCAA